AUGAGCCUCAGACAAAGGAAUACCACAUCUAACACGUACGAAAGAAAGGAACCGAAUGCUAUGUCCAAGGCCAGAAGAGUGUACUAUUAUCAUGAAUUGGACCCUUGGCAACAAGAUAACCAUUACAUCCGGUCUGGGUAUGUCAAAGAAACAGCUAGCUACAAGGAAUGUAUUAAAUCACUCACAUAUUUGCACAAUGAGUCAGUCAAUGUAUACUCCCAUCUUCUACCAUCUAUAUUCUCCAGUAUUGCUGUGAUAGUUUUCAUUAACUGGAGAAUUGAAAAGUAUGAGAAUGACUUAGGUAUUUGGGAGAGACUUAACUUUCUUCAAUUUGGAGGAGCUGCUACCUUCUGUUUGACACUGUCCGCAUUAUUUCAUCUUUUCAAGUCCCACUCACACAAAGCAAGCAAGUUCGGAAAUCAAUGUGAUUACUUUGGUAUUAUAGUCAUGAUCACAUGCUCCUUGAACUCUAUCAUUCUUUUCGCCUUUUACGACGUUCCGAAGGUUAGAAAUGGGUUUCUUCUACUAUUUUUCCUCUUAGGCACGGCAUGCACCAAAGUUACCUUUGAUGAUAAGUUCUCUACUCCUGAUUACAGACCGUUUCGGUCUUUUAUGUUCAUUUUAUUUGGGUUGUCUGGAACAUUACCCAUUGUUGCAGGAGUUAAAAUGUUUGGUUGGAAAGACGCUAUCGGAAGGUCGGCAGCUAACUGGUGCUGUGCAGAAGGUGUCUUUUAUAUCUUGGGUGCUUGUCUUUAUGCAUUACGAGUUCCAGAAAGGUUUUUCCAUGUUGAACAUCCAGAAGGCGAAGAAGAAACAUUGCUCGAUAAAAUGAAGCCAGGGAAGUUUGAUUUGUUCGGCCACUCUCAUCAAAUCUUUCAUGUUAUGGUUGUGGUUGCAGCUUACUGCCACUGGAAGGCUCUUGUAGCAUGUUAUCACUAUUUACAUACGCGCACUCUAUCAUAA